ACAAUCAAUCAAAUGGUCAAAAUCUCUAUUUUCACUUCAUUUACGAAAAAUAGAAAACAAGAAUGGAAUUUCUAUUAAGAGUGGCUUUAAUAUUGUUUGCCGUGAUACCCUACAGCAUAUCAGAGAGCGCACCAGUCUCUACGGAGCAGUAUAAUCCUUUGGGACCGCUCGUCAAAUGCAGUUUUCUCCCAAUGGAAUUCCUGGACUGCAAUGAGCUUGUAGACCAUAAAGGGAACCAAUCAGCUAAGGAGGCUAUGGGCCAUGGCUGCGUGAAGUUUGGAGGCGUUAAAUACGAGGAUGUAGAGAAGGCCAAAGCGCAAUGUAAGCCUUUGGAAGGCAUUGAAUGUUACGGCCCAAGAAAUUUUCUCCGCGAGGGUUUUCCUUGCGUGCGAUACUCUGGGCAUUACUUCACUACGACGCUUAUCUACAGUAUAUUGUUAGGGUUCCUGGGCAUGGACAGAUUUUGUCUAGGACAGACUGGGACGGCAGUGGGGAAGCUAUUGACACUGGGUGGGCUGGGUAUUUGGUGGAUAGUAGAUGUUGUGUUAUUGAUUACGAACAGUUUGCAUCCUGAGGACGGGAGUAAUUGGAAUCCUUAUGUUUAGAUUUAUAUUUAAGUUAAUGUAAUAUAAAGUAAAUAUAGUUCAGUGUAUUAAAUAUAUGGGACAUGGCAAUGUCUCAAAAGGAUAAUGGAAUUUACUGUUGUAAAAAGAUUUGUUUGAGAAAGACAUCAAGUUAAUGUUCACUGUGUAUUUUUUACACUGAACUUCUAAUCUACUGUUGAGGCUGAUAUAUUUUAUAAAUUGUAAAACUUGUCUGAAGUUAUGUUCUCAUAAUUUAUGUUGAGAUUAGUGUGAUGUUGUCCUUUAAGAAAAUUCUUUUAUAAUAAAAGGUUAAACAUUUUGCAUUUGUGUGAUGUUACUUUAAGAAAGUUUAUUAGCUAAUAAGAAAUACAUUUUAUAAGACAAA